AAUGGUUGCGUUUAUCCCACAACAGCGCCAUCCCUCCAAAGUCUGUUCUGGUGGGAGACCCCUCGCAGGAAAAGCGCUCGGCAAGGAAAGGGUUAAGGAGUUUGUAGGGUCCAGAUCGAUGCCCCCUCUCCCACACGUCGCCAUGAACAAAUGAAUUCGCGGGGAAUUAAAUAUCCAUUUCACAAAGGAGAAAGAGUCCUGUGCUUUGAACCCGACCCCACCAAGGCUAAAGUGUUGUAUGACGCUAAGGUCAUUGAUGUCCUGAUCGGUACAGAUGAACAUGGAAGAAGAAUCCCAAAGUACCUGAUUCACUUCAACGGUUGGAACAGGAGCUGGGAUCGUUGGGCUGCUGAGGAUCAUGUCCUAAGGGACACUGAGGAAAACCGUAAAUUGCAACAUAAACUGGCUCGCAAAGCUCUAGGUCGCAUGAAGAGAAGGGUAUGGGCGAAGAGGCGUCGUCGUCAGUCUGGCACUAAAUCUUCUCUGAAGACUCUCCCUAAGGAGGACGACAGUGAUGACGCAUGUUUGAUUUCGUCCUCAGAGAGCAGUGACGGGGACGACUCUGACCCUGAAUCUUCAAAUAGCGGGGACAGCACCUUCUCUGAGGAUAUCAACAAGAUGAGGGUUGAGCCAGACAUUAAUGUUAAAAGGGAAUGUGAGGAGAAGAUCGUCCACGUUGACAUCAACAUCCCUGAUACUCUGAAGAAGAAGCUGGAGGAUGACUGCUUUUACAUCAACAAAAGGAAGAAGCUGGUGAUGGUUCCCUGUCAAACGAAUGUCGUGCACAUCCUCGAGUCCUACGUCAAGCACUUUGCCAUCAACAAAGCAUUCAUGGCCAACGAGCGGUACCGGCGGCAGCAGAACACCACGCAGAACAGCAGCCCACAGCCGAUCCCUCCAGAGAAGAGCGAGGAGUUGUGUAAGGAGAUGGUCGACGGCUUGAGGAUCACGUUUGACUUCACCUUACCCAUGAUCCUCCUCUACCCCUGUGAACAAGCUCAGUUCAAAAAGGUCAGCUCCUCCAGGCUUUUCCUGGCCGUCAAUGAAAGCUCCCCCUGCUCCAGCAAUGCCCAACGAGAGCGCAGCCCGAGUCCGUUGGGGCACAACCCGCCCACGCCCCAGUCCACAGACAGCCAACCAGCUCUGAGCGACAUUUCUGCCACCACACCCACCGCCCCAGCCCCCACCCCAAAACGCCGGCGUCAUCCCGACAUGGACUGCAUCUCAUUCCAGUCCCAGUCGCUCAGGCGCUCCACCAGGAACACAUCUGGAGGUGACCGACCAGCUGAAGGAAGCAGUGGAGGUGGAGGCAGUGCCACAGCAUCCCCGCAGCUUAAACGCCGUUUGGUCGACACCACAUCCCAGCCCAAGUUCUUCCUCAACCUUGACAGAAAAACCCCAGUACACAGCGGCUCAUCCUCCCCGUUGCCCUUGACGCCGAGCAAAGAGCGGAGCGGGCCUUUCUAUGGCCUUGAGAGCCGCAGAAACAAUGAGCUUAAUGAGGUCCUAAGUUGGAAGCUGACUCCUGAUAACUACCCUCAGCACGACCAGCCUCCUCCACCCUCCUACCUGUAUGGAUCACAGCACCUCUUGCGUCUUUUUGUAAAGCUUCCUGAGAUCCUGGGGAAAAUGCAGAUCCCUGAGAGGAAUCUCCGAGCCCUCGUCAAACAUUUGGAGCUCUUUCUCAGGUUUCUGGCAGAGUUCCACGAGGACUUUUUUCCAGAGUCCGCAUAUGUGUCCGCAUCAGAGGCCCACUACAGCAUGAAACAACCGAGGCCAAUUUAUUAAAGGAGACGUCGGCCAUUGUGUUUCCUUCCUUUGCUUCUCUCUACCCUGAUCUACCCUUCAGCUUGUCUAGACUGACCUGUCUGGGCUCAUGUACCGAGGAAUAAAUAGCAGCUGCCUCUGGAGUUCAGCUGUGUUGUGUUUUCCCCGGACCAGCCUUUCUUCUCCUCUGACCUAAUAUUAGUUCUCCUGCUGGUACCUUGUGGAACCAGUUGCUUCUACCACGCCACUAACCCUCGGCCAUUGCUCUGCUUGUAGGACUGUCCUGCAUGUCAAGUCACCCUGCUCCGCUUUGCGUCAAUGUACUGCUCCGAGGCAUGUCGAGCGCUGUGUGUUGGCAUGUGCUACCUUUUUUGUAGCCCACAUUUAAGACCACAAAGGCUAAGUCCUCAUUGUCUUCAUUUUUGUUACCUGGGCUAAGACCAGGCCAAGGCUUGAUAAUUCUCUUGCCUCUCAGAUAUUAGAGGCUGGCUGGAACAAACAGCUUUGAAUCAUUCAGCUGUGGACUGAUUGGCGAAACCCCUUUCCGAACUCUGACUGUGUCACUUUUUAUAAACAGCCACAGUGUUGGAAUAUUUGGGCCUGUUCAUAGAAUGGAAACAGACACAGAUUGUAAAGCCAUGUGUUCUUGUUCUGCCCAUCAAAUAAACUAAUUUUGGAUACUCUGUAGGGCACAUCUGAUUUGCCUGUUUGUUAGCCUGGCCCGUCUUUAUGUAGUGACUUUCUGCAAGCGCUUCCCACGCAACACCGCCAAUGAUCUUCCGGAUACGCUUCCGCUAAUGCUACAGGAUGACUUGCUCCUACUGUCCUGGAGAUGCUGUGCUGCUUUCGCUGAGCAAUUCUAAUUUACUGACUCUUAAAAACUUUAAGGAAUGUUGUUCCUGUGGAUCUCUCUGUAGUGAUGCCCCUUUUUGAAUACCUAAUGUCCACUCAGUGUCCAUGAGACGUUUUCUUAUUUCUUGCUUUGUCUUGCUUUUCAUGUUGUCCUGUGCAUGUCUGAUAAAUGUCUAGCUGCUUUUUAUUUUCAUGUUUUUUUUCUGCCUGUUCCUCUCACUGUGGCAGCCUGACGGCACAACGGCGAGAAAUUGGAAAGACGGCGUUCUAUGUACAACAUAUCCGAGAAUAACCGCGCACAGUUAAAGAUCUGAGGUUGUUAGUAUUUGCAGAUUUUAAAGAUUGUUUCAGAUAAGCUUGAAUCAUUGAGUAGCGCAAAGGUAAGACAAUUGCUUCGGUGGGUCAAAUUGAAAAUAUAUUUUUUAUGAUUUGCAGCAUAGCGACUGAUGCCAUUAAACAAAUGCUAGGAGUUCCUUGUGCAACAAGUUAAUGCAACAAAAGUGAUUGUUACGCUUAGUCGUGAUGCGUUUGUGAAAAUGUAAAUACAAAACACCUGUUGAUCAUUGUGUUAUUUAUUUCUCUGUGGAUCUCCCUGUUCAUGUGUAGGUUGAAUUUAUUAUAAAAUACUUGACAAGGCCCAUUCCAGACCAGUUAAUAUACAGCUAGUUUGUCUCAGAUGUUUCUGUCAGUAAGCUAUAAAUGGCUGUUGUAACACACUUGUUUGCAAAAUACAAUGGUUCUGAUUUCCAUGUUAUGUACAGGACUUUUCUGUUGUGUUAAGUUUCCUUUCAGCUCUGUUUUCUUCAUAGAGUUUAAAUAAAGACUUUCUAAAACUC